ACUCUCUGUAUUCUGUCCUUUGUGAUUGGUGUAAAUUUAUCGUCUUACAUCAUGUAGAAUGAUUGCACGCUUUCAGUUGUAAUGGUCUGUUAAGUUGCAUUGUUAUGGUGAUCUUUUAAAGUUGAGCUGCAGUGGACAGUUUCCAGAAAAGAAUCAGAUCGAGUACUAUUUUAAUUUGAAGGAACGUGACUUUUCGGUGAAGUUUCGCGUUACAAUGGGGGAUAUCUUUACCGCGGUGUUCGGUUCAGAAGAUGAGGAGCACUAUAUACUACAAUGCAUGUCUUACAUUCUAAUAUUCAUGGCCGGGGCAACAUUUUUAACUUUACUUUUUGAGAACGUCCCCUAUGGCAGAUAUGCAACCAGCAAAUAUGGGUUUCCUGUCAACGUUAAACUUGCAUGGUUUGUGCAGGAGUUGCCUGCAUUCGUGUUACCCGUCUUUUUAGUGCUGAAGUCGUCUGCUCCACAGUUAUCUGAUACGGCAAAUCGUUUUCUUAUCGCUAUGUAUUUUUGUCAUUAUGUGCACAGAUCUCUCAUCUACCCGUUUUUGAUUAGAGGAGGAAAACCAACCCCCUUUUUUUCGUUUGCCCUGGCGUUUGUUUUCUGUAUAUACAAUGGAUAUCUCCAGAUACGACACCUGAGCCACUUUGCAGAGUACCCUAAAGACUGGGUCAGACACCCUUGGUUCAUCGCCGGAUUCGUGCUCUGGUUAUUAGGGUGGCUUGUAAACAUCCAUUCAGACCAUAUCCUUCGAAACCUUCGAAAACCCGGGGAAACGGGUUAUAAGAUACCAGUAGGUGGCAUGUUUGAAUAUGUGUCAGGCGCAAAUUUCCUGGGGGAAAUUGUGGAGUGGUCAGGAUUUGCUCUUGCGGCUCACUCCAUUCACAGUGCUGCUUUUGCCAUCUUUACGUUCGUCGUGCUUUCCAGCAGGGCUGUGGCUCAUCACAAGUGGUACCUUGCGAAAUUUGAAGACUACCCAAAGUCAAGAAAGGCAUUAAUACCUUUUAUAUUUUGAUGAACAAUGAUUCUUGGACUGAAAUGUCACUUUGACAUGGGGCACGGCACUGGAUACUUCACUCAAACCAUCAAAGUUAUGAGCCAUAUCAAUACUGUUUAUGAAAUACAGAGAAACAUGCUAACACUCCAGUAUUUAAUUCCUAUCUGUCUGCCGCUACAGUGCCUACAGUGAUUAUUUCUCAUUGUGCUGUGUUGAAAAAUCACUGUAUGAAUUUUUUUCUACUCGUAUAUGUUGUAUAAUGAUACUGUCUAUAAUGUCAAAAUUAAAGAUAUCUUUAGAUUUCUUUUAAAAAUAAAAACCUGAAUUUGACACAA